AGAUAUACUUUGGUUGGAUACAUAAAGAAAAUUCAACAUCCAAACAGGUUCGAUUGAAACUGGGUGGCGGUGUGAGAGAAAAGAAUCUACGUUCGGAUACUCCUAAACAUGAUCUAAUAGAGACUGGAAAAUCUUUGUUUUUUCCUAAUGGCCAAUCACACUUUGGUGAUGCACAAGAUAUGGAAUUUUCACUGUCAUCUUUUAACUGUCAAGAUAUUGGGGAUACAGUAAAACUACCAUCUGGAGUGGAAGUUCCAUUUACUGUGCAGAACUAUGCAGUCAGUGGUGGGUUCUCAAGAGUCAAAGUAUAUCUAAAAUCUGUGAAAAAAAAGAACAGUGCUACUUCUACUGUAAUUGAGCAAAGUUGUUCAUCCAUAGUGGGUUCUAGCCAAGAUGAUUCCAUCCCAUUGGGAUCUAGCGAUGAUGUUAUCAGCCUAUUGAGCCAAGAUGGUUCCAGCCCAUUGGGAUCUAGCGAUGAUGUUAUCAGCCUAUUGGAUUCUAGCCAAAAUGGUUCCAGCCUAUUGGGAUAUAGCCAAGAUGUUAUCAGCCUAUUGGGACAUAUCCAAGAUGGUUCCAGCCUAUUGGAUUCUAGCCAAGAUGUUAUCAGCCUAAUGGGUUCUAGCGAAGGUGAUUCUAGCCUAGUGGGCUCUAGUCAAGAARGCAAAGUGCUAAAACAYCAGCAAGAUSAACAGUUUGAAGAUGGAUUGAAAGCAGACCGCCAAAAAGAAGAAKAAAAAAAACAAGAGGCAAUAGAAGUGGCACGAGUAAAGACUGUCAAGGAGAAGUGUGCUCUCAGAACACCACCCGAGCCAAGUGAUGCACAUUCUGGGAUCAUUGUAAAAGUUCAGCAUUUAAGUGAGGGGUUAGUGGAGCGCAAAUUUCCUGAAGAUCUUCAAAUGUCUGCUGUGUAUGACUGGAUAAGGGCAAUGGAUAGCUCUCCUCUGUAUUUUASUUUGAGGAAUUUCKAAAACAAAGUAAUUSCACAGAAGGRGUCCAUUACAUGUUUUAAACAAGAAACAGUUUAUAUGACAGAAAAAGAUCCUCUCGUAGUAUUGGAUGAGUCCGAUAAGGAUAUCACAAUACACGAUUAUAGCUUGCUUGUGGACAAUGAUUCAAGCUCUGAUUCCUCAAGUGAUAAUGAGUCAGAUUCUGCUUUCGAUAGAUUAUGGAAAUCAACUAAAGACAGUUCUUCACAGCCAGGGAAACGUUUUAGAAUGAUGGCGAAUGCAUAUGAACUAGAAAGGACAAGCAAUACAUCAAGCAGUACAUCAACAGCUACUUGUACACUGAGUCAAUCAGAUACUGAAACACUCCUUGAACAGGUGAAAGUCAUUGAAGUUCAUAGAAAUAACAUCCUUGAUGAUGUGCUGAAAUGUUAUGAAGAUGAAGAUGUUAUCAACUGUAAGCUUAAUGUUAAAUUUGCUGGAGAAUCUGGUCUUGAUUUUGGAGGCCUUACAACUGAUCUCUUCACUACAUUCUGGGAUAUCGCUUUCCAGAAUUACUUUGAAGGAGACACUGUUAAAGUCCCAUUUGUAACUCCUAUCCAACAAUAUCAAAACAAGUCAGUAUUUCAAAGAUUGGGAAGAAUCCUUUACCACGGUUGGCUCCUCACCAAUGAGAUUCCAGUUCGCUUCAAUGAGGCAUCCUUUGUCAGCUUAGUCCAUGGAGAAGAAGCAGUAGAUGACUAUGUACUAGAAAGAUCAUUCCUACUAUACCUGAGCCAAUUUGAACGAYAUGUUUUGAUUCAAGGGUUGUCAACAAGUAAUCUUGCUCGUUUCCAAGAAGAUGCCAUUUAUGGGAUAUAUCAACAAUACAGCAUGAAUUGUCUGCCAGCGACAACCCCUGAAGAGUUGAAGAAGCACAUAAUUGUGAUGGCCAGAAAUCACUUUGUCUACAAACCCAUGAGUAUUAUUCAUUGGAUGAGGAGUGGCAUUGGUGAUAAAAUCACAUUAAUGCAAAGCAGGUUGAGCAAAGAGGGAAUACAAACACUGUACAAUGUAUUGCUUCCAUCCAAAGAGAAAGUCUUAGCAAAGAUUACAUACUAUGAAGACCUAAGACCUGAGGAAAGCUGUGUCUUGCAAUYUCUCCGAAAUUUCAUAGGAAGUAUGGAUGAUAAUUUACUUGAUCGAUUCCUAAGAUUUGUAACAGGCUCCCCAGCAGCUCCACAAAAGCCAAUCCAGAUCGAUUUUAAUGCAGCCAUUGGAGAACAGAGGUUACCAUCAUCAUCCACAUGUUCAAGCACACUUCACAUCUCAACAGCAUACCUGACCUUUGCUGAGUUCAAAAGAGAGUUCACCUUGGUGCUCUCAGAAGACAUCUCAUUUGAGAUGGGUGUUCUUUAAGCUGUUUAAUCAUAAUUAUGAUUGUGGUCAGGCAGUUGCCACAUGUACACAAAAGUGUAUAUUAUAAGAACAAUGAACUGCAACUUUUAUGGUAGUUAGAUGAUGAUGCUGGAGCAAAAAUAUUAAGUAAAGGGAUAUAGACCAAUGAAUGUAACUCCUACUUAAAAUUUUAUAAUACUUUACACAUGCUUUUUCUCUGAUUGUUAUAGCCUUGCUAUGCAUAGAGACAUUCUAGAAGUUUAGAUUAUGUGUUGAACUAAAAAAAUAUAUUUAGUUAGGUUGGAGUCAUGUUAAAACAGUUGCCGUCUAAAAGGCAGCAAUAUCUACACAUGCUAUUGUCCGAUGAUUCCUAUAUCAUAACUGCAUGUGCAAACUCACAUGAAAGUUAAGAAUAACAACAAAGCAACAGGAUGAGCAUUCACAAUUGAGUGCAUAUACCGUAUGUGUUAAUUUUAAAGAAAAGUUCUGAUGAAAAACAAGUUUAAAGUUCAGAUUUCAAUGUCUAAGGAGAUUCCUAUGGUAAAUGUGCUGACAUCAUGAUAAUAUGAAGAGCAAACAGCAAAGUGUAAUAUAAGAUACA